AUGUCAAACCUGUACAUCAGGUUCCACCAUCACCUUCCCCUGUACCUCAGGUUUUCCCAUCAUCUUCCAGUUUACCUCAAGUUCUCCCAUCAUCCUUCCCUGUACCUCAGAACUCCUAUCAUAUUCCCCUGUACCUCAGGUUCCACCAUCAUCUUCCCCUGUACCCCAAGUGUCAACAUCAUCUUCAUCUGUACCUCGGAAUCAACCAUCACCUUCCCCUGUACCUCAGGCACUCCCAUCAUCUUCCCAUUUACCUCAAGUUCUCCCAUCAUAUUCCCCUGUACCUCAAGUGUCACCAUCAUCUUCCCCUGUACCUCAGGUCCCACCCUCAUCUUCCCCUGUACCUCAGAAUCCCCAUCAUCUUCCCCUGUACCUCAGGUUUCACCAUCAUCUUCCUCUGUACCUCAGGUUCCACCAUCAUCUUCCCCUGUACCUCAGAAUCCACCAUCAUCUUCCCCUGUACCUCAGGUUCUCCCAUCAUCUUCCCCUGUACCUCAAGUGUCACCAUCAUCUUCCCUUGUACCUCAGGUCCCAAUAUCAUCUUCCCCUGUACCUCAGAAUCCCCAUCAUCUUCCCCUGUACCUCAGAAUCCCCAUCAUCUUCCCAUUGUCACCAUCAUCUUUCAGUUUACCUCAAGUUCUCCCAUCAUCCUCCCAUCAUCCAUACCUCAGAAUCACAAUCAUCUUGCCCUAUACCUCAGGUUCCACCUUCAUCUUCACUUGUACCUCAAGUGUCACCAUCAUCUUCCUCUGUACCUCAGAAUCCACCAUCACCUUCCCCUGUACCUCAAGUUCUCCCAUAAUCUUCCCCUUAACCUCAAGUUCUCCCAUCAUCUCCCCCUGUACCUCAAGUGUCACCAUCAUCUUCCUCUGUACCUCAGAAUCUACCAUCACAUUCCCCUGUACAUCAGGUUCUCCCAUCAUCUUCUACUUUACCUCAAGUUCUCCCAUCAUCUUCCCCUGUACUUCAAGUGUCACCAUCAUCUUCACCUGUACCUCAGAAUCCACCAUCACCUUCCCCUGUACCACAGGUUCUCCCAUCAUCUUCCCCUUUACCUCAAGUUCUCCCAUCAUUUUCAUCUGUACCCCAGGUGUCACCACCACCACCUUCCCCUGUACCUCAGAAUCCCCCAUCAUCUUCCCCUGUACCUUUGGUCCCACCAUCAUCUUCCCCUGUACCUCAAGUGUCACCAUCAUCUUCCCCUGUACCUCAGCUCCCACCAUCAUCUUCCCCUUUACCUCAAGUGUCACCAUCAUCAUCCCCUGUACCUCAGGUUUCACCAUCACCUCCCCCUGUACCACAGGUUCUCCAAUCAUCUUCCAGUUUACCUCAAGUUCUCCCAUCAUCUUCCCCUGUACCUCAGGUUUCACCAUCAUCUUCCCCUGUACCUCAAGUGUCACCAUCAUCUUCAACUGUACCUCAGAAUCCACCAUCACCUUCCCCUGUACCUCAGGUUCUCCCAUCAUCUUCCCCUUUACCUCAAGUUCUCCCAUCAUCUUCCCCUGUACCUCAAGUGUCAUCAUCAUCUUUCUCUGUACCUCAGAAUCCACCAUCAACUUCCCCUGUUCCACCAUCAUCUUCCCCUGUACCUCAGAAUCCACCAUCAUCAGGUAUCACCAGAAUCUUCCCCUUUACCUCAAGUUCUCCCAACAUCUUUCCCUUAACCCAAAAUCCCCCAUCAUCUUCCUCUGUACCCCAGGUUCCACUAUCAUCUUCCCCUGUUCCACCAUCUUCCUCUGUACCUCAGGUGUCACCGUCAUCUUCACCUGUAGCUUAGAAUCCCCUGUAGCUCAGGUUCUCCCAUCAUCUUCCCCUUUACCUCAAGCUCUCCCAUCAUCUUCACAUGUACCUCAGGUGUCACCAUCAUCUUCCCCUGUACCUCAGAAUCCCCCAUCAUCUUCCCCUGUACCUCAGGUCCCACCAUCAUCUUCCCCUGUACCUCAUGUGUCACCAUCAUCUUCCCCUGUACCUCAGGUUCCACCAUCAUCUUCCCCUGUACCUCAGUAUCCACCAUCAUCAGGUGUCACCAGUAUCUUCCCCUGUACCUCAAGUUCUUCCAUCAUCUUCCCCUAUAUCCUAGGUUCUCUUAUUAUCUUCCCCUGUUCCACCAUCAACUUUCCCUGUUCCUCAGGUUCCACCAUCACCUACUCCUGCUUCUUGGGUUCCACCAUCAUCUUCCUUGCUCCCCAGACUCCACCAUCAUCUUCACCUGUACCUCAGGCACCACCAUCACCUUACCCUGUACCUGUGGGAUUCUCUCCAUGA